AUGGAAGAACAGGAGGUUUUUCCAUAUCGCGGCGCGCCGUUCCCAAAGAAAUGGCGUCGAAAACAUCCACGUUCAAAGAAUGGAUGCCUUACUUGUCGCACAAAACGUAAGAAGUGCGACGAGGUUAAACCAAUAUGCACAGCGUGUGAGAGGUCUCAGCAAGACUGCACCUGGCCAAGGACGGAAGAAAAGCAACAACCAGACAUGCAGCUCAGCGUCAACACAACACGAGCUAGCAGUUCCAACCCACCACAAAACGUCAGCCUUACGGCAUAUGGUGUUCCCAGCGUUCAAUCAGGAUUAAGAGCUGCAGCCACUUCAUCUCUAAGAGCCGCUCCAGCAUAUGGAAAUCUCGCCUAUCUAAGCGAUAACUCCCGGAGACUCUAUCAGCACUACAUCAGCGUCACGGCCGAGAUGCUGACACGUGGACCAAGCCUGGACGGGAACCCAUUUAUACAGUACUUGCUGCCGCUGGCGUCACAUGAUGCGCUGGUGCUCAAUUGUGUCCUCGCCAUUGGAGGAGCUCACGUCGUCGUUAACGAUACGUCAUCUAGUCAUAAAGGCGCCCGUGGCUUAGAGGUAGCUGCUCGUAGCCAUUAUGCCAACGUGCUGUCUGGAAUACAGAAGCUUCUGUACUAUCGAACUGGACAGACCAUAUAUGCACCAGAAGCUGACAUAACGCCACCAACUCCUUCCCGUGUCCUGCUUAUUCUACUGCUCCUCUGCGUAUUUGAUCACGUUCAGGGCAGCUCCCGCAGCUCAAUCUAUCACCACCUCAAAGCCAGCCAGGAGUACAUUAAACUCCUCACAAGUGACUCCAAUGCUCCUGAUGAGUUGCGGAACUUGAGAGGGUUCAUCCUCGAGCUAUACGCAUAUCACACAAUCAAGCUCGCAAUUACUCCUCGCAGCCUUACAUCGAAUGAGUUUGUCGAGAUCGACCCUUCCGUACAUUCGCUUGAUGUCCUUGACGGGUAUAAAUCUCAAGGAUACCUGCUUGGUUUCGGAAAGCAGAUAUUCGAGCUGGUGCCAAGAGUUUCAAAGCUUGUUGAGGCUCGACGCAACGAGGAGCAACAAAACCCCAAGAGGCCAACGGCUUUGUCAAAGGAGUAUGACUCCUUGCUGCAAAAAUUACAUAGUGUUGACGAAGCCGGUGAUGAAAGCAAUGGUCUCCGGCCUUAUAAAGAGCGUGCAGGUGCGACAAUGAUUUAUCAAAACGCGUUAAUCGUAUAUCUGAAGUCGGCAUUUCAACGGAACAUGCUUGCCGAUCCGGAACUGAUGUUUGAGAUUGAAGAACGGAUUGACCAGAUAAUGCCCAACUUCUAUAACCUGUUUGUCAGCGAAUCACCAUAUCGACGUAUGCUUCUCUGGCCAGGUGUCAUUAUGGGUUCUUGUGCACGAAGUGAGAAGCAUGUUGCGGGUUUCAGGGCAGGUUUUAAAGCAAGGGCGUCAGGGACGCCUGGUGCAGUAAAGACGGGAGCACGCAUUGUUGAGCUGUUAUGGAACGACCCGGACCCGCGGGCCUUUGGUCCCCGAGGCUUGUCAUUCAUAAUGACCAAGCAUGGCAUUAGCUGUAGCCUGUGUUAA